CUGUAGCGGGCCGGGGGGCGGAGGGAGAAGGGGGCGAUGCCCCACGCCGAGCCCAGCCCGCCGCUGUGCUGAGCCGGCGGGGCUGGCCGAGCGGGACAUGGUGCUGGAGCCCUCCGUGACGCUGCCCGGGUGGCCGAGGGGCGGCUGCUGAGGAGCUGGAGCGAGGCCACGGGGAGGGAGCCCCGAGGAUCCGGCUGGGGAGCCAUGGGGAGAUGCAACGGGCGAUGCACGCUGGUGGGAUUCUGCUGCCUGCAGCUGGUCGCUGCUCUGGAGAGGCAGAUCUUUGAUUUCCUGGGAUACCAGUGGGCCCCCAUCCUGGCCAACUUCCUGCACAUCAUGGCCGUGAUUUUGGGGAUUUUCGGGACCAUCCAGUACAGAUCCAGAUACCUCAUGAUGUACGCCGUGUGGUUGGUGCUGUGGGUCGGCUGGAACGCCUUCAUCAUCUGCUUCUACCUGGAGGUCGGGCGCUUGUCACAGGACCGGGAUUUCAUCAUGACCUUCAACACGUCCCUGCACCGCUCGUGGUGGAUGGAGAACGGCCCUGGCUGUUUGGUGACGCCGGUGCUCAAUUCCCCGCUGGCGCCCGAGGAUCACCACGUCAUCACGGUCAGUGGCUGCCUGCUGGACUACCAGUACAUCGAGGUGGUGAGCAGCGCCACUCAGAUCUUCCUGGCGCUCUUCGGCUUCGUCUACGCCUGCUACGUCAGCAAAGUGUUCCUGGAGGAGGAGGACAGCUUUGAUUUCAUCGGCGGCUUUGACUCCUAUGGGUACCAGGCACCCCAGAAGACGUCGCACCUGCAGCUACAGCCGCUCUACACCUCGGGAUAAGCGGACCCAGCGGCGCCAGGACCCCGCGGUGCCACCACCCUCUGAUGCCACCACCCCGGG